AUGGCGGUGCAGGUGGUGGUUCUGCCUUCCCCCCGGUGUCUGUUCGACGAGCCGGUGCAGAUCCGUGUGACAGGCCUCCUGCCGCAGCAGGCGGUCACCCUCCGAGCCAGCCUGCUGGACGACAGCGGGGAGCUUUUCCAAGCCCAUGCUCACUACAGAGCUGAGAGCAGCGGGGAGCUUGACCUCAGCCGCUCCCCUGCACGGGGGGGCAGCUAUUCAGGAGUGGAGCCGAUGGGCCUGCUGUGGUCUCUGCAGUCUAAGACACCCUAUAAGCGACUGGCAAAAAGGAACGUCCUGACCCCUUUCUAUGUGGACUUGGAAGUGUAUGAGGGCCACGGGAACAUGAGCCGCUUGCUGGGAAAGUGCACCAAUGAACGAUGGUUUUUAGGAGAGGGGGUGAAGAGGAUUUCUGUCAGAGAAGGUCAGCUGAAAGCAACUCUCUUCCUCCCUCCUGGACCUGGUCCAUUCCCUGGACUUAUCGAUUUGUAUGGAUCUGGAGGAGGUCUUAUUGAAUACAGAGCAAGUCUCCUGGCUAGCAGAGGCUUCGUGACUCUGGCUCUUGCUUACAUGGCCUUUGAAGAUCUCCCUCCUAGGCCAGAGAUCCUUGAACUGGGAUAUUUUGAGGAAGCUGUGAAAUUUUUGCAGAAGCAGCAGCAGGUGAAAGAUACUGGAAUUGGCGUUUUGGGCUUGUCUAAAGGAGCUGAUCUAGCCCUUUCCAUGGCCACCUUUAUACCUGGCAUCAAGGCAGCUGUCAGCAUAUCUGGAAGUGGUUUUAAUUCUUUCAUUCCCUUGCGGGGGGAUGGCUUCACUAUUCCUCCCCACCCAUUUGAUUUGGGGAGGAUGAAGAUCAGUGAUGAGUCUGGCCUAGUAGAUUUUUCAGAUGUCCUAGAUGAUCACAGGGACCCAGCAACUUGGAACUGUCGCAUUCCCAUGGAGAGGUCCUUGGCCAAGUUCCUUUUCCUGUCCGGACUGGAUGACAGGAACUGGAAAAGUGACCUGUAUUGCCAGGAUGCUGUUCAGCGCCUUCAGUGCUAUGGACGGCAAGCAGAGUUUUGCUCCUAUUCUGGAGCGGGACACCUCUUGGAGCCACCAUACUUGCCUCUGUGCCAGGUUUCAAUUCACAGAGUGCUUGGGAUGCUUGUGCUUUGGGGAGGGCAAUGGAAGGAGCAUGCCAGAGCCCAAGAAGAUGCGUGGCGCAGGAUACAGGCCUUUUUCUGGCAACACUUGGACUCAGACAUCCCUAGCAGCAAGCUGUAG